AUGUCGGACGGCACCAUCUUCAAGCCGGAGAAGGACUUUACCAAGGAAGCGGACAAGGUCCUGCCGGAAGCAGAAGCAUUGGCCAAGCAAGAUAUUCACAAAGCCAUCGACAAAAUCCUUCUGCUUGAGAAACAAGCACGACAAUCUUCAGACCUCGCUACAACCUCCCGGUGUCUAGUUACCAUCGUUACGCUAUGUAAAGAAGCCGGGGAUUGGAGCUUACUGAACGAACAAGUCCUGCUUCUGUCGAAGAAACAUGGCCAACUCAAACAAGCCAUCACAAACAUGGUGCAGGCUGUCAUGGGCUUUCUUGACGAUACACCGAAUCUUGACACAAAGCUCAGUGUCAUCGAGGCACUCCGGACGGUGACCGAGGGCAAGAUCUUUGUGGAGGUCGAACGUGCCAGGAUCACCCGAAUACUUUCCGACAUCAAGAAAGAGCAAGGCGACAUCAAGUCAGCAUGCGACAUUCUCUGCGAACUCCAAGUCGAGACAUUCGGAUCGAUGACGAGAAGGGAAAAGACAGAAUUCAUCCUAGAGCAGGUGGCGUUGUGCAUACAAAACGGUGACUGGACGCAAGCGGGUAUCCUGAGCAGAAAAAUCAGUACGAGAUAUUUUGCCCGAAAGCCGAAGAAGACACCCGAGCAGAUAGAAAAGGAGAGGAAGGAGAAAGAAGAAAAGAAGAAGACUGAGGAGGAACCUGAGCAAGAGCAAGAAGACGACGUGACGGAUCUCAAACUGCGAUAUUAUGAACAACAAAUCACCCUGGCGAAACACGAAGACAAAUACCUGGAAGUCUGCAAACACUACCGACAAGUCUUGGAUACGGAAUCCGUUGAGAACAACCCUGAACAGCUUCAUGCCGUUCUUCAGAGGGUCAUUUACUUUGUCUUGCUCGCCCCAUACGAUAACGAACAGUCCGAUCUUCUCCACCGCAUUCACCAGGACAGUCGCAAUUCCCAAGUUCCCAAAGACGCAGCACUCCUGAAACAAUUUACAAUUCCCGAACUCAUGCGGUGGCCUAUGGUUGAGCAGCAAUAUGGCGAACACCUUUGCUCGACUGACAUCUUUUCUAAAACCCCAGAUGCAAGUGAUUCGCAGGCGCAGACUCGCUAUGAAGCACUGAGGCAUCGAGUGAUCGAGCACAAUGUUCGGGUCAUCGCGAAGUACUAUACCCGCAUCACCUUCCCGCGUCUAACUGAGCUGCUGGAUCUCUCGGACGACGAGACCGAGAAGUACAUUUCGGACCUCGUCACGAAGAAGACGGUUUACGCGCGCAUUGACAGGCCGGCGCGAGUGGUGAGCUUUGAAGUCAAACGCGGACCGGACGAGGUGUUGGAUGAAUGGGGGAACAGCAUGAAGGGGCUGUUGCAGCUUUUGGAGAGGGUGGGACACUUGAUGCAGAGAGAGGAGAUGAUGGCGAGGAUUCAGCCAAAGGAGGAAGUCAAAAGAGCCAAGGCCUAG